UUCCAGGAAUGCGGAGGGCAGAUAAAAGUGUACACCAACUGCUGUCCCCAGUCCACAGACCGCGUCAUCCAGAUCACAGGAGACCGUGAGCGUGCCAUCCUCACCAUCACGCGAAUACUAGAGCUUAUCAAGGAGAGUCCCAUCAAAGGUUUGUACAACUCCUACAACCCACACAACUUCGACGAGUUCUUCGCCAGCGAGUAUGGUGGCUGGGGCGAGUCCCCAAGGGCAGGUUCCCCGGGGCCCCAUGGGGCGCGGUCCCCCCACAUGGUUCCAGGGGGACCUAUGGGGAGAGGCCCGAUGGGCCCCCCCGGCGGGCCCCCCGGACCCCCAGGACCUCCCCCUCCCUUCGGGAGGCGCGGGCCUAUGGGGCCGCCUAGAGGCCCCCCACCUCCCAUGCGAGGGCCGCCCAACGGAGAGUUCGACGGCAUGCGCUCCAAGGGGGGCAAGCCCUUCAUGAACGGCAGUGACCCGCACAACGGCGACCUGCCCACCACAUCCACUCAGGUGACAAUCCCGAAGGAUGCGGCCGGCGCCAUCAUCGGCAAGGGCGGCGCCCGGAUCAGGAAAAUCCGCUCCGACUCCGGCGCGUCCAUCUCCAUCGAGGACUCGCGGCCCGGCGUCAACGACCGCGUGAUCACCAUCUCGGGAACGGAGCCCCAGAUCAAGCACGCCCAGUAUCUCCUGCAGCAGAGUGUGCGCGAGUAUGGAGGCUACCAGGACCCACGAGGAGACUAUGAUCAUGACCAGCCUAGCGUUCGAGAGUAUGGAGGCAAGGCCGCAGAUACUGAGCGACGGUACCUCGUUCAACCAUCAUCAUCACCCGAUCUUGCGCGUUGAUGAAGCUUCUUAACACAACA